AUGGCAAGUCUUUCCUCGGACUUGGAGCAUGUCUCCUCCCUCCCUGCCUGGAAGGAUGGCCUUGAACUCCCUUUACCUGCCCAAAGAACCUCCUCCUGGUUUCCCUCUCCCGACAAGGAUCCCAGCUUUCUUUCCUUUUCUCUGGCAGAACCUGACUCCAGCCCCUUGGUUUCAGGAAAUCUUCCCUUUCCAGAUUCAUCCCUGGAGAAGGGGAAGGAACAGGAUGACAGCGACGACUCAGCAGAACCUGAGGUGCUGUGCAGUGUGGAGCACCCCAGCCAGUUCUUUGCUGAAGCACAGAGACUGCGGGAGCAGAAGCUGCUGCUGGAUGAAGAGGUGUCAGUAGGGGGGCAGGUAUACGGGGUGCAUAGGGUGAUCUUGGCUGCAAUCAGCAGCCUCUUCCAAGGCAGGCUGAGGGGCGGUGGAGGUCAGCAGCCUCGCUUCAGCCUCGACGUGACCCGGAGGGGCUGGGAGGCUGCACUGACCUUUGCGUAUGAGGGGGUGCUGGGCCCCGCCUCGCAGGGCGAAGUGCUGGCUGCUGCAGAGGCGCUGGGAGCGCCCCGGGUGAAGAAUGCGGUCCAGCUGAGGCCAGAAGGGCUUGGCAAAGCCAGGGAAGAUGAAGAGAAGCUCAGCCAGGCAGAGGAGCUGAGGGAGAAUCUGCACAGCAUUGAGCGUCUGUAUCGAGAGGGCAUCGGGUGCGACCUGGAGCUGGAAGCAGAGGGCUACCACCUGCGGGUGCACCGAGUAGCCCUGGCCUGUGGCAGUGAGUUCUUUGGGGCCAUGCUUCUGAGUGGGAUGAGGGAGUCCCAAGGCACAAAGGUGUGUCUGCGUACCAUCUCUUCCCAAGACCUGAGACUCCUCGUUUCGUUUGCCUACUCUGGAGUUGUACGAGAAAGAUGGCCAGGAUUGCUAAGAGUCGCCCAGGCUGCGCUGCAGUACCAGAGCUCCUCCUGCCUGGAUUUGUGUCAGAGAGGCUUGGCUCAAAGCCUCUGCCCUGCCCUUUGCCUGGCUCUGUUUCCUAUGGUUGAAGCCCCUGGUUUGGAGAAAGUCUGGGGGAAAGCCCAUCGUUACCUCCUCACUCAUCUGCCUGCUGUGGCUUUGUGCCCUACUUUCCCGUUGUUACCGGCUAUCUGCUUGGCUGAGCUCUUGGAUAGUGAUGCACUCCAUGUACAAGAAGAGUUUGAGGCUUUCAUGGCUGCAUGGCGUUGGCUGGCUGCCAACCCCGAGACCCAGGAGUCAGAGGCUAAGGCCCUGCUACGAUGUGUCCGCUUUGGCCGCAUGUCUACCAGAGAGCUGAGGAAGGUGCGGGCAGCUGGGCUCCCUCCACCUCUGUCACCAGAUUUGCUGCACCAGCUGAUGGUGGAAGCUGAAGUUCCAGGUCAAGAGAGGUGGAGGGAGCCUGACCAAGCACUGGUGGUGAUUGGUGGGGAUGGGCUUAGACCUAACAUGGACCGAAGGCAGCCAUCUUGCAAAGUGUGGUGGGCCCGGGCUUUCCACUGUGGCAUGGGUCUGGUACGAACUGUGGAAUGGUGCCGGCUGCCUGACCUGCCUACCCCAGGGCGCUUUCGGCAUGGAGCUGUGAGCCUAACAGGAAGUGAACUCUAUGUGUGUGGGGGACAGGAUUUCUACAGCCACGCCAACACUCUGGCUUCAACUCUCAGGUGGAGCUCUAGUCAAGAAGACUGGGAGGAAAUGGCACCUUUGUGCCAGGCUCGGAGCUUCUUCCCUCUGGUGGUGUUUGAUGGAGAACUUUAUGCCCUGGGAGGACGGGACAAUGGUGUUGCCCUUAAUUCCGUCGAGGCCUAUAACCCUGAACUCAAUGUCUGGAGGCCAGCACCUGCUCUUCCUGUACCAUGCUUUGCCCAUGCGGCUGCAAUCCUCGAGGGCCGGUUGUAUGUAAGCGGUGGCUAUAGUGGGACCAGCCAGUACUUGGACUCAUUGAUGCUCUAUGAUCCCAAACUUGAGAAGCCUGAGACACUUUUGAGUCCAAUGAAAGUAGCUCGGGCUAGUCAUGUGAUGGCUGCUCUGGGUGGGAAGUUGUAUGUGGCUGGUGGGAUAGGUGACACUGGGGACCUACUGAGCUUUGAAGUCUAUGAACCAAAGACCAAUAGCUGGACACACCUGGCACCCUUGCCCUCCCCCCACGUGGGGGCUGCAGGUGCUGUGCUACAGGGGGAGUUACUGGUACUGGGGGGCUAUAGCCACCGUACUUAUGCCAUCUCCCACCUUGUUCAUGCCUACUGCCCCGGUCUGGACCGCUGGCUCUGCCUGGGAACUCUGCCGAGGCCUCGGGCUGAGAUGCCUGCCUGCAUCUUGACAUUGCCCAGUGUGUAGCACAUGGCUUUGGUCCCUACCCAGCACCAAAACAAACCUGCUGGGUGACUGAGUAUGACCAGUGUAUGAGGGAAGAAGGGAUGAGUACCAUGACAAAAGGACAAAAAUUAUGAGAGGAUAAAAACAAUUGUACUUGCUUGCUUACUUUUAAAAAUUAUCAAAAUAUAUAAUGAGAAAGGCUCUUAUUAUUGUAGCUCUGGCUGGCCUUGAACUUGAUGUGUGGCCUAGGCUGGCCUCAAACUCAAAGUCCUGCCUCAGUCUCCUGAGUGCUAGGAUUGCUUGUACUACCCCACCUUGAUUGAGAGGUCUGAUGAUGAUAAUGAUGAAUGAUGAUUGACAGGGACUCAUGUAUCCCAGGCUGGCUUACAUCAAGGAUGACCUUGAGCUCUUACUUAAUACUCCUGACUCCAUCUUGAAAGAAUUGAGUUCACAGGCAUAUACAACAUACCUGGUUUGUGCUAGAGAUCAAACUCAGGACUUCCUGCAUGCUAAGUGGGUACCAAACCAACUUAGCUACAUCCAUAAUCCUAAAAGAAGGCUUUAUUCUUUUUUGCUUGCUUGUUUUUAAAUUGUGUAAUAUUUAUUUUAUAUGUAUUGGUGUUUUGCUAACAUGUAUAAUAUGAACCACAUGUUUAUCUAGUGGCUGCAGAGGCCAGAAGAGGGCAGCAGAUCCUCUGGAACUGGAGUUACAGAUGGUUGUGAGCAGUCAUUUGGGUGCUUGGAACUGAAUCCUGAUCCUCUAGAAGAGCAGCAAGUAUUCUUAACCAUGGGGCCAUCUCUCUAGCCCUGUAUUUUGUGUUUAGGGGCAGACUUAUCAUGUAGUGCAGGUGAGAACGCUUUAUUCUUGUUAGUAUUUUACUCCACCUCAGACCCUGAAGCUCAUAAACUUCCUUUGUGUAUUUGAUCUCUACUAAGGACCAGGCAGUUCUGGAACUCAUGGAAAAUGGGCCUUGGGAGAAAAACUGGCAAAUAAAUACUCCAGGAGAGACAGGCACCUAGGAAGAAUUCCCAAAGAUUAAUGGUUAGUUGGGAGGUAAAGCUGGAGCUCAUUGAUGGAGUGCUUACUCAGCAUAGGUAAGGUUCUGGUUUAAUAAUUUCUGGCAUCAAGAAAAAUAAAACUACAAAAACCAAACUUCAGUAGUCAAAAUAUAUGGAUCAAGAAAGGACAUUGGGACAAUUGGGAAACUGAUGAAGGAAUGUGGAAGGAAUUAAAUAGUCCUCCCUUUCUUGGCACUUUCCCAUUUUACUCUCCCAUCUCAGGAGACCUAAGUCAUCCUAACAAUAUUCUUUGUAGGGUAGACUUGUAGACCCAUCCUUGGCUCUAUAGGCUGCCUGUAGAGUCUUUUGGUACACUUGAGACAGAAAUCCCCAUUAGGUCUAGACAUGGUGGUGCACACUGAGAAUUGCAUUUGAGAAGUGUAAGCAGAAGGACCAGGACUUGAGACCGUUUUAAGAGAACCAAACCAAACCCAACAGAACAAACAAAAACACCAAAAAGAAGAGCUCCCAUUAAGAUUUGGACCCCAGGUAUGGAGAUCUGAAGCCAGUGUAUGAUGGGAAUAUUCAUCAUACAGGCUGGGGAGAAAGACAGAGGCCAAGGAGAGAGUAUCCAUGGUGACAAAUGGGCAGUAUGAGGUUGAGAAGACGGGAAGAAUCUACUCCCAGGACUAGAAAAAGGACAAUUGUUUGAGGUCUUCUGGGAUCAAGAAGGGGAAGACAUGGCUGAGGAAAGUGAAGGCUUUUCAAAAAGACUUGGGAGAGCUGUUUCUUCUUUCAGUCCCUUUCCCCUCAUAUUGUUUUGAACCUAUUUCCCCUCUAUUUUUUUUUUUUUUUGGUGUAGGUUUUUAUUUGUUUUAGAUAAGGUUGCAUGUAGCCUAGGCUAGCCUUGAACUCAUUUUGUAGCUGCUAUGAACUUGAACUUCCAGGCCUCUUGCUUCUAACAUGGGAGUGUUGGGAUAGCAAGUGCGGGCCACCAUGUUAAACUAUAUGUCUCUGUUUAAGAUAGAUAAGGACUAUAGUUGAAAAAUGAAGAAGGUUAAGUAGAAUGUAUAAAAAAGAAGAUUGAAGAAGGAAGGGAAGAGGGAAGUUGGGGGCAUGAACACAUUUUGCUUGUGAUUUGUUCAUAAACACUGCUGUAAAUAAAUGUUUCAUACUGACAAAAU